CUGGGACAACACCAACGCCGUCGCGCUGCUGUUGCCAAACCUGCUUACACAAACACAGAAACCAUGAAAAAAAGGGCCAGGUCGGGGGUGUCCUUGCUUGUGGUGCGUUCAGCGGAGGUGCGAAAGACAUGCAGGGCAUGGUUUCUGUCAAUAUCGUUGGCCGCCCUCCUCCUCUGUUCCGUCCCCUUGAUCUCCGCUGUUGGUGUCGCCGCCUCGACAGCUGCUGGCGCCAAAGGAGCAAGCUCUCGCCACAACAACAACUGGGCCGUGCUGGUGUGCACAUCCCGCUUCUGGUUCAACUACCGGCACGUGGCCAACACCCUGUCUGUGUACCACACGGUGAGGCGCCUGGGCAUCCCGGACUCGAACAUCGUGCUGAUGCUGGCGGACGACAUGCCCUGCAACGCUAGGAAUCCGUUUCCGGGGGGGGUAUAUAACAGCAAGGACCAUGAGCUCAACCUUUACGAAGGAGACGUCGAAGUGGACUACAGAGGAGAAGAAGUGAGUGUGGAGAGCUUCUUGCGCCUGUUAACCGGGCGAACUCUACCGGGAACACCGCCUUCCAAGACGCUGGCGACAGACGAGCACAGCAACGUGCUCAUCUACAUGAACGGACACGGCGGAGACCAAUUUCUCAAGUUCCACGACAUGGAAGAAGUAUCCAGCCACGACCUGGGGGGAGCCUUGCGAGAGAUGGAGCUCAAGAAGCGAUAUCACAGGGUACUGUUCAUGGUGGAUACGUGCCAGGCAAUGACUCUCUUCGAAGAGAUCGAUUCAAAGGAUGUCAUUUGCAUCGGCAGCAGCGUCCGUGGGGAGAAUUCAUACGCUCGAGGGAGCGACGCAACGAUCGGGCUGUCCCUGAUGGACAGGUUCACGUCUGCGAUGCUGGACUUUUUUCAGGCCGCGAUAACGAAGGGGGAAGACGUAACGGCGAACAGAGUGCGGGGGUUCAGUAGCGGAAACUCCGCCCCGCUGAACCUAAGAGAUGAUGUCACCCUAGGGGCCUUGAUGCAUUCGAUGCGGCCGAAGUCACUCCUCUCGUCCCCGACGGUGGAGCUCAAGGGCUGGACGGGACCCCCGUUAAAUAAGAUCCACGUUACCGACUUCUUUGGUUCGGUGCUCAGCGUGGAGCUAACCACAGAUCCGUACGAGCUCGUUGGCGUCGAAGAGUAAACGCCGGAGCGGAGGCGGCACGGGUUUUUAAGCCGAGGGACGCUAUCAAGCCGCGGGCACCGAGGACGAAGUUUGCCGUACAGGAGUUAAGUUGACACGGUGUUUGCGGGAAGAUGGUAAGGUCUAGCAGUGUUUUCACUGGAAUAGGCGAUUCCAGUCACUGGACAGAUACGGGAAACGAGGUGGGUUGCUGUUGGUUCUUGCUGCAGCUGCAGCAUAUCGACCGGCCUCGAUAGCUGUACGGUGGAAUGACGUCUUCGGUUGGGGGGGGGGGGGNGCGUUGGAAUGGAAGAAUGCGGGGUGUGUCGUGUGCAUGAGAUGCGGUUAUCGCAGGGUGGACAUGGAAAGCAGUGAACGGCUUUUGCUUCGGCUGCCGUUGUGGUAUGUAUGCAUAUGUACUGGCAGAGAGGAAGAAGAUACAACUGGAAAGUGUAGCGGCGAUGGCGACGUUGCCGUGGAUAACGUGAACAUCUGCUGCAAAUUUGUGUUUUCAGCUCUAGGACCUACGAACUCAUGUAAAUAUCACCGGGUGUGUCCUUGGGGAGGACAAUGCACGUAGGUACGGUGUGUCAUUGUUUAUACAGCCGAUCCGGUCGCUCUGGCAGAUCACCGUUGUUGAAUCCGUCUUCUUUCGCUGGGCCGGGUCACGAAGUCAUAUCGGUGUCCCUGAGCUCCAUCGAAGACAAAUGUCUCGAUUUCCAUGUGCUCGCGCAAGGGACACACAAUGCUUGUGCGAGGUACCGAGUUCCUGCCGCGUAGGGAACGAUAUUGCUUGAGUUUAUGGGGAAGGAUAAGUAAUUAUG